AUGCUCCUCUUUGGUGUCGCCCUCUUGCUGGCCCGCAUCUCCGCAGUUCUUGCUUGCUCUAGUUGCUAUGGGCCCUCAGACCUAUCGCAGCAUCCGAGGUUGGUUCGUCGCAUGCAGCCUGGUGCGCUGAAUGCUACCACAAAGCCUAAAGGUCCUCUCGAAUGGGGUCAGAUCAACUUUCUGCAAACAACCGAUACACAUGGAUGGCUUGCCGGCCACUUGAAGGAGAGGAACUAUGGCGCGGAUUGGGGUGACUUUGUCUCCUACGUGAAACAUAUGCGCCAGAAGGCCAACGAUCUGAAUGUCGACCUUCUUGUUGUCGACACUGGAGACUUGCACGAUGGUAAUGGACUCUCCGACACCACAACGCCGAAUGGUGCCGUUAGUGAUAACAUAUUCGCCGAGAUCGACUACGAUCUGUUGGCCAUUGGCAAUCAUGAGCUCUACGUCACCGAAAUUGCCUACCAAAGCUACUAUAAUCUUUCAAAAAUAUUCAAUGAAAGGUACCUGACCAGUAACGUCCAACUAAUCAACCGUGACACGAAGAAGUUUGAGGAUUUUGGCAGCAAAUACCGCUACUUCACCACAAAAAAUGGCCUUCGAAUCAUGGCCUUCGGAGUGCUGUUUGACUUCACUGGAAACUCCAAUGUAUCCAAAGUCACAAAGGCUGCCGACAUGGUAAAGGAAUCCUGGUUCAAGAAUGCCGUCAACUUUUCCAAGCCAAUUGACCUUUUUAUUGUACUUGGACACAACACUGUCAGGCCAAAUUCUGGCGGCAGUACCUUCAGCACAGUGCAUAGUGCAAUCCGGCAGAUGCGACCUGAUGUUCCUAUCCAGAUCUUUGGAGGUCACAGGCAUAUUCGUGAUUUUGUUGUUUAUGAUGAGAUGACCACUGGAAUUGGAUCUGGCCGUUACUGUGAGACGUUGGGCUGGCUUUCUCUCACUGGAAUUAAGUCGUCAACGUUCACUGGAAGCAUGCGCCCGCGUGGUGUUCCAAAUCCCACCCGGGCUGCCGUAAAACAGGGGGAAAAGCCCGGAAACAAAACCUCUCCAUUACGGUAUGCGCGCCGCUACAUGGAUUGGAACCGCCUGACCUUCGCCUACCACGCACGAAAGUCGCAAGACCGCCACUUUGAUACUGCGCAUGGGUCGGAUGUGACAGGCCAUAUAACACAUCAGUACAAAAAAUUGAACUUGUCAUAUGUCUAUGGAUGUGCGCCCAAGACCUACUGCGAAUCUUGUGUGCCAUUUGGCGCGGAAGGCAGCAUCUACCCCCUACUUGAGACGGCGCUUGCAGCAACAGUUGUCAACAAACCUCGAGAAAACACCCCGCGAAUCCUCCUGACUAACACCGGUAGCAUACGCUUUGACUUAUUCAAGGGCCCGUUCACUCUUAGUGACUCGUAUAUUGUGAGCCCUUUCAAGAACACGUUUAAUUACAUCCCAGAUGUGCCCUAUUCCAUUGCAAAACAAGUCCUUGGCGUUAUGAAUGGUGGAACUCGCCCGCUGAAGCGAUAUGCAGAGCAAUAUGCAAUUCCGGACUUGUCCGACGAUAAUGCCUGCGUAAACCCUCCAUUGCCCAAGUAUAAUGCCAUGCAAAAGAAGAGCGAGCUGGAACAGACCCCACGGCACCCAAAAUCAAUGACGCCGAAAAUUUAUCCGGGUUAUAUCACAACUGAUGACUUCGGCACGGACGGUGAUGAUACCCCUCAUUCCAAGAUCCCUUAUUUUGAAGCUCCAUACAAUCUGCAGGGAAAUGCAUCCUUCCCGGCCAACGGCUCCAUGCCAGAAAAGGUAGACGUAGUAUUUACGGAUUACAUUGCUUCUAGAGCUGUGUUGCCAGCAUUGAGGCAGCUAGGGGCCAAUUACACCACCGCCGACGUCAAACCCUAUCUUCCACCGAGCUUCACGUCGAACGACGUUCUGCCUCAGUAUGCUCGAAAGGCUUGGCAGGCUAGUAUUGAGAACUGCCCGGUCAUGAGUGAAGAUGAUUUGUUGUAG